AUGGUUAAGAGUUUAAGAAAAGAAACUCCUGGUCAUGAUAAGCGCAUAAAACAGAAAAAAGAUCUAGCCUUUAAGGAGUCACAAAGAGGAGCAUUGGAUAGAUUUGUUGUUAAGCUUCCACCUACAAUAGUUCCAAAUCUAACUGAAAAUGAAAAUGUUGUUCCCAAUUUGGACCGUGAUGAAAUAUGCAAUGAUUUGGAACUCACUCAGAAUGUUCAUGAAGAAGUUCCUAACAUAGUUGUCAACGAAAAUGAAAAUAUUUCUGAUAGGGAAGAUAUAUGUAGAGAUGAUAUUGAAUGUGAACCUCCACUUUCUCCCCCUCGAGUACAUGUGGAUAUAUAUGAUCCUAGAUACUGGGGUAGUCUUGACACAAACUCUAGAGAUCUUUUAGUGGAAAAAGGCCCUCUUAGAGACCCAAAUAUAAAGAAAGGUCCCAAGGAUAAACGAUCAAGAUACUUCUCUUCAACUUGUUUUACAAGAAUUUUACCUAAUGGUGAAGAAUAUGACAGAAAAUGGCUUGUGUAUUCAAAAGAACUAGAUAAAGUAUUUUGCUUCUGUUGUAAGCUGUUUAAAAAUAGUUCUCGGAUAUGUGGUUUAUCAAAUGAGGGACUAAAGAUAAAUGAUACAAUUGAUAAGCACCUUCAACGUCAUAUUAAUGAAGAUAGGGAACACUGGAAGCAAGUAUUGAAGAGAAUUAUUUCUGUUGUGAAAUAUCUUAGCAUACAUAACUUGGCUUUUCGUGGAACAAAUGAGAAAGUGUAUGAAAUUAGUAAUGGAAAUUUUUUAGGUUUGAUUGAAAUGAUUGCCGAGUGGGAUCCGGUAAUGAAAGAACAUAUGAGAAGAAUUAAAAAUAAUGAAAUUCAGUACAAUUAUCUUAGUUCUAAGAUCCAAAAUGAGUUGAUUGAUUUGCUAGCUUCUAAAAUCAAAAGUGCCAUCAUUCAGAAAAUUAAGGCUGCCCAGUAUUUUUCUAUAUUGCUUGAUUGUACUCCGGAUGCGAGCCACCAAGAGCAAAUGUCUUUGAUUAUUCGGUGUGUAGAUACUAGUGAAAGUCCAAUAAAAAUUCAAGAAUACUUCAUGAGAUUCUUAAAAGUAGUUGACACAACUGCACAAGGACUAUUUGAUGUACUGAAAAGUGUUUUGAAAGAUCUCGAUCUUGACAUUAACAACAUUCGUGGUCAAGGAUAUGAUAAUGGGGCUAAUAUGAGUGGGUGCAAAAAUGGUGUACAAAAGAAGUUGUUGGAUGUGAAUCCAAGAGCAAUGUAUACACCUUGUGGGGCUCAUUGUUUAAAUUUAACACCUCUUGAUAUGGCACGUUCUUGUAAGGGAGCUACAGAUUUUUUUGAAACAUUAAAUCAGAUUUACAAGAUUUUUUCUGCAUCUACAAAACGGUGGGAUAUUUUCAAAGAAUAUGUGAAAGGUUAUACCGUCAAACCAUUGUCGGAUACUAGAUGGGAAAGUCACAUUGAAAGUGUGAAGGCAGUUAGGUUUCAAAUUUUUGAUAUAAGAAAAGUUUUGCUUAAAGUAGGAGAUAAUGGUGAUGAUAAGGAUACUGCAGCUAAGUUUAAAGCGAAAAACUUAGCAAAACAUAGUGUUGGAAAUUUUGAGUUUUUAUUAAGCAUGGUGAUUUGGUAUGAUUUGUUAAAUGCUGUAAACUUGGUUAGUAAAUCAUUGCAGUUUAAGGAUAUGCUUAUCGACGAUGCUAUGCGUCAAGUGAAAGGACUUCUAAAAUAUUUUCAAAACUAUAGAGAUAAGGAAUUUGGGAAGGCCUUAACCACCGCCAAAGAUAUUGCUAAUCAAUUGGGAGUUGAAGCUGAUUUUCAUGUGGGUCGUAUAAUUCAUAGAACACAAUUUUUUGAUGAGAUUGGAAAUUGUGAGGAAACAGUCCAAUCAGCUGAAGAAUCUUUUCGAACUAAGUUCUUCUUGCAGAUUGUUGAUCAAGCUAUUAGUUCACUUGAAAGACGGUUUGAGCAAUAUAAAGCAUGUGACGACAUAUUUGGUUUUUUGUUUAGUUCAGAUACUUUAAACUCAAUGGAUGAUGAUCAGUUGAAAGCUCGUUGUGAUAAUCUUGAAGCUGCUCUAAGACACGAGGAAGUGUCGGAUAUUGAUGCAAACGAUUUGUUUGGCGAGUUGAAAGUUUUACGUGAACUAUUACCAAUGGAAAUAACCACAGCAGCUGGUAUAUUUAAUUUCAUAAAACGUCAAGAUAGCUUUCCGAUUACAUCCAUUGCAUAUAGAGUACUCUUAACAAUUCCAGUUACAGUGGCAUCGGCAGAAAGAAGCUUUUCAAAAUUAAACAUCCUGAAAUCGUUUUUGCGUACUACCAUGGCCCAAGAAAGACUCAAUGGGCUGGCAAUGAUAUCGAUUGAGCAUAGUCUUCUUGACGACGUUGAUAUUGAUUCAUUAAUCGAUGAUUUUGCAGCGGUGAAUUCAAGACGGCUAAAUUUCCGCUGA